AUGGGGAGUGCUGUCUUCGAGGGACAGAACCAGGGGGCCUUUCCCUUCGUGCGCCCCGUCUCCGCAGACCCCCUGCUCGCCUUGGGCAUGGCUCACGACCUCUACCAUGCGAGGAGCCCCCUGCCCCAUGUCCCCCGCUCCAAGCCCCCUGCCCCAUGCCCCCCGCCCCAUGCCUCCCCGUCCAAGCACUCCGGUCCAUGCCCCAAGCCCCCACCCCAUGCCCACCGCCCCAAGCCCCUCCGGGUGGACCGGGACCAAGGCUGCCCCAACUGCAGGCGGGUGGCUGCCCCGGGGCAAGCCCAUGAUGGGGCUGCCCACCCGGGUCCCCGCCGAGGGGCGCAGAGGGGGCGCCCCAGUCCUCGGCGCACGGCCCGCGGGGGUGACCAGGCCUCCGGGCCCAUAAAGCGUGGGUGGGACGUGAAGCCAGUUUAUGGAGGCGGUGAUGGCCCGGGCUGCUUUGAUGGUGGGGAAGAGGCCGGGGCGCCCCGACCCCCCCUGCCCCAGGACUUUGAGCUGUGCCGCGGCCUGCGGGUCCCGCUGCUGCAUCACGGCCGCCCCCUCUGCGCCGGCUCCUGCGGCCGCAGCUUCGGCUACCGGGUCGGGGGCCUCUGCGGGCCCAGCCCGCCCUGCAUCACCAGCGUGUCGGUCAACAAGAGCCUCCUGACGCCCCUCAACCUGGAGAUCGACCCCAACGCGCAGUGCAUCAAGCACGAAGAGAAGGAGCAGAUCAAGUGCCUCAACAGCAUGUUCGCCGCCUUCAUUGACAAGGUGGGUGUCCCUGGUCACCCUUCCUGGGCCUUCAGUUCCUGCGGGGUCAGGGGCAGGACAGGGCAGGCCCGGGGCAGCUCCCAGUCUGAUGGACCAGAUGGACACAGCUCAGGGCCCGGAUGCACCAAAGACGUGACUACAGGGCACAGGCUCCCGGUGGGAUGGUGUGGCUCGAACGUGCACCUCUGUCCAGGCAGGCAGGUCCCUGCACAGAGACGGGGACGGGCUCGGAGCCCUCAUGCCAGAGGCACAGGGUGGUCCGUGCACGUAGUCGCCAGACCCAACAGAAGAAUAGGAGGAGGACCGCAGGGGCACCCGAAGGGUGGAUGUCCCCGACCCCACCCUUCCUCUGCCCCACCCAUGCUCAGGACCCAGGCUGAGAAGGGAGUCAGGGGCAGGAGAGAUGUGGCCCAGAGGAGCUCCUAGUCUGAUGAUGGAGGAGACGGACGCACGUCCAGGGCACAGACAGAC